UCUCUCUCUCUCUCAAUCGUGCGGAGGAACCAGAGAUCUGCUCCAAGCUGCUGCAUUGAUCUCUCUCUCGGGACUCCCUCUUUCCACUAGGGCGAGUGAUUUUUCGAUUGGCAAUCUCUCUCUCUCAGUAGAGUGGCGUGGCGUGUCGUGUCGGAUUCCCGUCCGUUUGGACUUCGAAGCUUCUUGAACUAGUUUUGCGCUAUUUCCUUUAGUAGCUGAUCUUUGGGAAGGAUCUGGGAGUCAUGAAGUUGUGCAGUGGAUGGCGACGGUUGGUGUUCUGUCUUCCGCUCAUCUUCUUUUUGCAUCAUCUGUUUUCAGUGAUGGAAUUGCAUCAAGAAUCAAGAGUGGAAGAUCGGCAUAAGAAAGUGAGGAAUAAAUUCGAUCAUUUGGUUCUUGGCCCUGCAGCGGGUCAAGGCUUGCAUAACCGAUUGCAAUGCCAAGGUGUCAAAGCUCUCAACAAGACACAUUUUUCUGCCUCAUCCAACAGGGGCUAUGUCGGAGAAAACAUAGCUUUUGUCACUGUCUUUACGAUUUAUAACUCCUCUGACAUGUCAAAGACUAGUGGAUCAUCAGAUGUGACAACUGUCGGAAAUUCCUCGUACAAUAAGGUGGAGAGAUCAAUAGCCAUCUUGAAUGUAUUCAUCAACUUUAUUCAGGUGGCUAUGCCGCAGAGUAAUGUCGUCAUUCUUUCCGAUCCUGCAUCUGACCUCUCAAUAAACAGAGACAAGGUUUCUAUCUAUCCUAUUCAAGGUGAAUAUUCCCGAGACAAGUUGAUGCUUCAAAGAAUCAGGUCUUACAUUGCCUUCCUAGAAAGAAAGCUUGAGGACCAUUCACGGGAUCACAUGCAUAAUUACAUAUUUGUUGAUUCAGACAUAGCGGUUUUUGAUGAUCUUGGUCAAGUAUUUCAUGAUUACCCAAAUUUUCACCUGGCCCUGACUUUUCGGAACAACAAACAACAACCUCUUAAUUCGGGAUUUAUAGCAGUGAGGGGUACCUAUGACGGAAUGAGUAGGGCAAAGGUUUUUCUACAGCAAGUACUUGAAGUCUACAUUUCCAAGUAUACCAGUGCUUCACGAAUGCUAGGUGACCAGCUGGCUCUUGCUUGGGUUGUAUCAUCCGACACUUCUUUUGAUGCCAAAGGAUUUGCCAAAGCGCAACCUUUUUCAAAAGAGAUAAAGGGUGCCUCUGUUCUAUUCCUGCCAUGUGCUAUUUACAACUGGACACCACCCGAAGGUGCUGGUCAAUUCCAUGGCAUGCCCUUGGACGUUAAGGUUGUUCAUUUCAAAGGAUCAAGGAAACGCCUAAUGCUGGAGUCCUGGAAUUUUUUCAGCUCCUCUUCCAGCGUAGCCGAUAUGCUAUGCCUCAUCUUGAGCAGUGGUAGGACAAAAUAUGACUUUUGAUAUGCCUACUCCAUGUCAGCAUAUAUAGGAAAGCAUAAGAGCACACUUCCAAGGAACUGAGUUCAUUGCUCCUCUGCUUCAUUUUUUCCGUUCAAUUCAGAAGGAU